GGGAGGAGGUGGUGGUGGUGAAGGAGUAGUAGGCGAGAAAAUGGUGCGUGGUUUGUCCCAGUGGACGAAGACCCUGAGCUUCCCAGCCAGAGUGUCACCUCAGAGACCUGCCAAGGAAUCGAAAGGUUUUCAAGUCAGCCCUAGUGCUAGUCCUACGUCACCACCUAGUCCUAUCAACGAUACCAUGGACAAGACACCCAUUAUUACAGACGAGAAUUUCCACGACUUGGAAGCUGAAAAGGCAAUAAUGGGAUCCAUCGUUUAUUGCAUACAUCACAAAGAUGGUUGCAAAUGGUCAGAUGAAUUAAGAAAAUUAAAGGCUCAUUUGAAUACCUGCAAACACGAUGCAGUUCCUUGCAGUAAUAAAUGUGGUGCAAUGAUACCCCGAGUAUUAAUGGAGGACCAUUUGAAAUAUACUUGCGCCCAACGGAGGGCUCGUUGCGAUUUUUGUGCCAAAGAAUUUACCGGCCUCACCCUUGAGAAACACACAGGUACCUGCGGAUACGAGCCGUUGUACUGUGAGAACAAAUGUGGAAUGAAAGUUCAAAGAAGACACUUAGGCCAACACAAAUUGGGUGAAUGCGCCAAGCGACUGGUCGCUUGUCGUUAUUGCAACAAGGAAUUUGUUUUUGACACGCUCGGUGCUCACCACGCAAAAUGUGGACGUUUUCCAGUAGCGUGUCCUCAUCGUUGCGAGACCGCAGUUUUACCAAGAGAAGAUCUCGAAGUUCAUCUUAAAGAUCAUUGCACGACACAUUUGUUGUCGUGCACGUUUAAAGAUGCUGGUUGUCGUUUUAAGGGUAACAGAUUUUCUUUGGACAAACAUUUAGAGGAGUCAGCUAAAAUGCAUCUCAGUUUAAUGUGCAGUGUGGUGACGAAGCAACAGCAUCAAAUAACAAGUUUAAAAUCUGCAAUAAGUAAACUUUCGUUAAAUUAUACUGGAACUCUUAUAUGGAAAAUCACUGAUUAUACUGCAAAAAUGUCCGAGGCAAGGGCCAAGGAAGGAAUGGAACUUAUCAGUCCACCCUUUUACACUAGUCAAUACGGAUACAAGCUGCAGGCUUCAGUUUUUCUAAAUGGAAAUGGAACCGGUGAAGGAAGCCACAUUUCUAUAUACAUCAAAAUUCUACCUGGUGAAUACGAUGCUCUGUUAAGAUGGCCAUUUUCUCACAGCGUGUCUUUCACUAUGUUCGAUCAAACGGUGGUAGCAGAGAAAGCUUGCAAUAUAGUUGAAAGUUUUAUACCAGAUCCAACUUGGAAAAAUUUUCAAAGGCCCAGUCGUGAACCAGAUUCUCUUGGUUUUGGAUUUCCACGAUUUGUUUCACAUGAAAUGGUUAAAAAACGACAUUUUGUAAAGGACGAUACAAUGUUCAUUCGGGUUAAAGUAGAUCCUAGUAAAAUUGUCGCUGUUUAAGGAACAUUUAAAAAAAAAAAAAACCAACAAUUUG